AAGACUGAAGACUAGAAAAUAAGCGCACACGGAGAGAGCAUUAUUUAAAUGUAUGUGUGUGGCCUCAACGAUGUCCCCUUCAAAAAAUGUCUAAUCUCUUUCUAAACUUCUUCUCCAAACGCAAGUGCCUACCGACGGCCGCCGCCACCGCCGCCGCUCCCGCCAAUUCCAAUUCCGACGGCGACGGCGACGGCGACUGCUUCUCUUCCUCCGACGAUUCCAUCUCCUCCUCCGACUUGGCCGGCGUGCUCGCAUCGCGCCGCUUCUUCUUCUCGUCCCCGGGGCGGUCCAACUCCAUAUUAGAGUCGUCGUCGCCGCCCCCGCCGCCGUCGUCCUCGGCCGUGAAAAUGGGGAAAUAUUCGGUGGACCCGUACGCGGACUUCCGGCGAUCGAUGGAGGAGAUGAUAGAAGCUCGGGAAAUGGAGAAUGUGAGAAGCGAUUGGGAGUAUUUGGAGGAGCUGCUCUCUUGCUAUCUCCGCUUGAAUCCAAACCACACUCAUAAAUUCAUUAUCACUGCCUUCUCCGACCUCCUCCUCUCCUUACUCGCUAAUUCCCCCGCUCCAUCUUAAAUAUGGCUCACAAUUUUACACUAUAAGGAUACAAUGAUGCUCUCGUACUUCAUAUUGUUCGCUUUGGACAUAACAUUCACAGCCUUGUUGUUGGUUUCAUCCGAAAGGCCUCAUAUAGAAAGGUACGAGGGGCAUGAAUAUUUUCGAAUCUACAUCUAACUAUUUGUUAGAGGGCCAUUGUGAUAGCUUCGAAAGGUUUACUCUGACAGCAUGUUUUUUGAGUGGUUAAGGCAUGUAUUUUCUAUCAAAUGAUCGUAAUCUACUUUUACGAUAUUUGCUACAUUUUAUACGUUUCGGAUAUGAUUAACUCGUCAUUUUCUUUUUAAA